AUGAAGCUGAAGAUCUUGAUCCUCGUCACACUCUGUAUCGCAUUUUGCUUCUUCGCAAUUGUCCAAUCUGUAGAACGCAUGCGUAGCUUUUCGAAGCAAUUAUCCCAUAGAGAAAAUGUUGACUGGUACACAGCACAUAUGACGGAAAUACAACUCGAAAGGCGGCAAUGGCUACAAAAAGCUUGUAAUAACUUAGGGUAUCACUCCAGCAACAAUAGCGCCCUCACAGCUGAUCAACUGAGGGGAUUAAGUUGUCUUAUGGUCGUGCCCAAACUCAAGGUUGUCUACUGCUUUGUGCCCAAGGUAGGAUGCACAAGUUGGAAAGCAUUACUCCUGAAUAUGAGUGGGUAUCUGCAUUAUCCACAGACCUCGCAUGACAAGGCCAGAUCAGUCUUCCCAUCUUUGUCUGACCUUGAUGUUGAAAAUGCGCGGGAAAUCACAGCUGGGUAUAAAUCUUUCAUGUUUGUUCGGAACCCAUUUACGAGGAUCUUAUCAGCGUAUCGGGAUAAGAUUACUCUAGAUAACGGCAAUAAAUGGCGGAGACUACUCCUCAACUGGCUCUCUGUUGCAUAUCCACAUGAAGCGAAGUUCUACAACGAAUCUUCAAGGAAUUUCACUUUCAAUCAUUUUAUUCGAUUCUACCUCUCGUCGUCAGUUAAAAAUGAACACUGGCGAGAAAUUCAUAAAUUAUGUCUACCAUGCCAAGUAAACUAUGACUUCAUAGGAAUGUUUGAUCAUCUUUACGAAGACUCGAGUUAUCUCAUCAGUACACUCACCAACGAUUCCCACGUCAAACUUCCACACAGGCAGAAGAAGACUAACAGUUCUGACGACACAACCUUACGCCAGUUUUAUUCUGGUGUUCCACCUGAUUUACUACGACAAUUGGUGAUGGAUGAAGGUGUGGUUAAAGAAAUGGCACUGUUUGGUUUUCACCAACCAUCUGUUAUAACUGAACUUCUUGACAAACAAUCACGGGAAAAUGGUUACUGAGGGUACUUGCAGAAUAAA